AUGGGUCUGGAGCACGCAGCAGCAAAUGCCGAGAAGAUAAGGGGGAUGAUGGAUGGGAUAGUGAAUGACCUUGAGGGGCAUCUUGAGAUGUUCAGGAGCCAUGCAAGGUUUCUUAGAGGCAGGAUAAGCAGAGACAAGCAGGAGGGAGAGGUCCUCUUGCAAACGGUGACGUCCACACUGAACGAGAUGAGGGAAAGGAACGAGAGGCUGGUUGACGAGAGAAAUGCACUGAAGUCCAGGAUUGAGCAGGACACGAAAGAUCUCAGGGCCUCUGAGGACGAGAAGCAUGAGCUUGUGAACCAGAUCAGGGAGCUUGAGAUGAGCAACCGUGACCUUAAGGAGGUUUUCCGGGAGAAGAAAGGGAUUGAGAAUGCCUUUGUGAAGAAGAUGGAGCUUGUUUCGGAGAGAAACAAGCAGAGAGAGGCUCUGAUGGAGGCGAAGACAGAGUGUUUCAGGAAGUAUCUUGGGAUGGACAUUAUUCCUGUGAGGGAAAACGUGAUCAAGAUUGUGUUUAGCAGGAUAUGUCCUGAGGACAGUGUUGAAUGCUUUGUGACCUUGGAUCUGUCUGUGGAGGAUGCGGUGAUUGAUCUGUUUCCUAGGAUGUAUGGUCUUGAGAAGGCCAACGGCGUGUUCAGGGAGUGUGGUAACUUCCACGACUUUCUGGUGGCUGUGAGGAGGGAGUUCAGAAGAGAGUAUUCUGGGAUAUGA